AGUGAGCACCCCUAAUUUCCCUGAUUUACUAUCGCUGUCAAUCACACCCAAUGGAAGCCAAUCAGAUAGCCGGGGACGGGCUGGCCGGGACGCAGAAGGAGGCGUCGCUGCGGGCGCUAAUGCUACGUACCGGAUACCAGCUGCUGCAGGAGAACGGGCAGCGGCGGUACGGCGGCCCCCCGCCCAGCUGGGACGGCCCCCCGCCGGAGAGAGGGAGCGAGAUCUUCGUGGGGAAACUCCCGCGAGAUCUGUUUGAAGACGAGCUGGUCCCACUGUGUGAGAAGUUCGGUAAGAUCUACGAGGUGAGGAUGAUGAUGGACUUUAACGGGAACAACCGAGGCUACGCCUUCGUCACCUUCUCCAACAAACUAGAGGCCAAAGCGGCGAUGAAGCAGCUCAACAACUACGAGAUCAGAAAUGGCCGCCUCCUCGGAGUCUGUGCCAGCGUGGAUAACUGCCGUCUGUUCGUGGGCGGGAUUCCCAAAACGAAGAAGCGUGGGGAGAUCCUGUCAGAGAUGAGGAAGGUCACCGACGGGGUCUUGGACGUCAUCGUGUAUCCGAGCGCUGCCGACAAAUCCAAGAACCGAGGAUUCGCCUUCGUGGAGUACGAGAGCCACCGAGCCGCCGCCAUGGCCCGACGCAAACUGCUGCCAG